UCUCAGUCGAAUGAAUACGUUACAUUUGCUUUGUUAUAUCUGUUAGGCAUACACAUCUAUACUCAUAGAGUUAUAUAGUUUGACCUGAUUGACAACAUUAUGAUGUCCCUGUCCGGAAACUCUGUGUAUCCCCACGAUGUCCUCGCUGUGUGGUUAUGUCUGCUGACAGUAUCCCAGGCGUACGUUAAUGUCGCCCUCAACAAACCAGCAUACUUACAGUACCCUGAUCCAGAUGACGACAACUGGGACGCCAGUAACGCUGUAGAUGGACAUAAAUCAGACCUGAGUAGUGGUGGAGGUCAAUGUGCUUUAUCACAGUACGGACAAACCGCCACCUGGUGGGUCAACCUGACCACCAUCCACAGCAUCCACCACAUCACCAUCUACUUCGAGACGAACAAUCAACCAUUGGGUCCUUCUAAUGGCUACACUAAGUAUUUCCUUGGAUUCUCUGUGUACGUCUCCAAUACAACAGACAGACUACAGGGAACACUGUGUUACAAGGACGACAACUUUACAGUAGACACCAUACCUGCUGUCUUCACCACCACCUGUCCUGUACACGGACAGUACGUCAUCUACUACAACGAGAGACUACCAGGAUUUACCUACCUUGACUAUUACUCUGACAUUGUUGAGACUGCCCUCUGUGAAGUGGAGGUGUAUGGAUGUCCUGCUACCGGAUAUUUUGGGUCCAACUGUUCCGUUCCCUGUCCAGACGUCAACUGUCAGUCCUGUCACAUAGAGACGGGCACCUGUCAGGGCUGUAAACUUGGAUACAAAGGUCACCGAUGUGAAAUAACUUGUGAAGAAGGAACAUAUGGUGCUGGCUGCAAAGAAACAUGUGGACAAUGCCGUGAUAUAAACCAGUGCUCCAUCAACAAUGGGACUUGCUUAAUUGGGUGUGAUGCUGGUUUUAAAGGAGACUUGUGUAAAACUGCAUGUGACCGAGGAUCGUAUGGCUAUGACUGCAGAGAAACAUGUGGACAUUGUCGUGACAAAAACCAGUGUGUCAACAUCAAUGGAUUGUGUCUGACGGGAUGUGACCCUGGUUAUCAGGGAGACUUGUGUAAAACAUCAUGUAACAGAGGGUCGUAUGGUUCUGAAUGCAAUGAAACAUGUGGACAUUGUCGUAACGUAGACCAUUGUUCCAAUAUUAAUGGGACGUGUUUGACAGGGUGUGGUGCUGAUUAUCAAGGAGACUUGUGUAAAACUCUUUGCCCCGUUGGAUAUUUUGGACAAGACUGUUCUGAGACUUGUAUCAACAGUUACACCUGUGAUGGCUGUAACGAUGUCAGUGGUUCAUGUGAUUAUGGCUGCCGUCCUGGCUGGAUAGGAUACUUCUGUCAAAAAAGUACAUAUUCUAUUUAUUUUAUUUUUUAUUCAUGGUAUUGUAAUCAGAGAUUUAUUAAUUGAUUAUUAAUUAUCGAAAUAGUAUUCAAAACAUUACAUAAGACAUUUGUUUUGAAAUAUGACGUUUGGCUUAUAAAUCGUAUAUUUUCAAGUUUACCUCAAAGUAACAAUAACCUAUAUAUAUCAUAAAAUGUGCCAACGAAUGACUACAUUGAUCAUUUAAUGUGUACCAAGUUGUACUAAUGUGGGUACAUCGGACGCCAACAAUUUGUUCAUAGGUUAGUGUUUACAUUUUUCUUGUAAAAUAAGUAAAGAAUUAUUUAAGACAACAAACACAGCCAAGAUAACAAUAAAACAGAUGUAUUUUUAAGAAAAUCACAAACUUAAUUUGCGUAAAAAUAGAUAUACAAUCGCCGUAGUUAAUUUCUGAAGAGAGAAGAAAAGGCAACGCAAGUAAGUAUGAAUAUGUGAUGUUUUGCAGUUUUUCUCUUAAAAUUACACCCCUUAAAUUUCAAUCUAUAUUUUUAUAUAAUAUUUUUUCUCUAAAAAUAAGUAUUAAAUAUGAUCGUUAUAUAAAAAUUGUAUAUAUGUGAAAUACAACCCGGUCUUCGCGUUGGUGUUUAAAAAAAAAUCGGCUUCUGAAAAACAACGUGGAAUAAUGCACUCGGUGUACCAGAGUAAGUAGUCACUUUGCUUAUCGAAUCUAUAUCAUAUCAAGUUGCCAUUUAUUGAAAUUGUAAUUUUGUGAAUUUUUCUCAAAUCCGGCUGUUCUAAUACAUGUUGAAACAAACCAACACGUAUAAGUCUGUUUAUACUUUAAAGUUGUUUCUUUAAUAUCAAUGAAAUAAAAAUGUUGGUAAGUCAUCCAAUGUUGAUAAGUUAUAACCUAAAUGUAAGUUUGUUUUAAAACUUUGUAAAUGUAUUAUGAUACUUUUAUUUCUAUUUGUUUGACAUGGGUUUUUUCUUCUCUAAAGUUAAGUAUAUUUUACAAUUCAACUAUUACAUGUAGUCAAAACAGGAAUAGGAUCGGAAGGGGGAAAUGUCAACUACUUGUCAGAACAGGAAUAUGACAUUAGGGGAGAGAACUGCUUAUAGGGUCAAAUGUCGUGAAGAAGACAAAAAAUGGUGUGAAAAGUGAACAUAUCCGAUUUGCUACACAUUGUACGACAUGUAAACUUUGUAUACUAUUAUUUUGUAAAAUGUUGUUGUCGCCAUCGAUCAUCAUACGGGGCGGGGCGUCUUCUGUUGCAAGGCGAAAUGCAUUGACCGGGGCAUGGAGAGGGCAAAUGAGUGAGUAAGAGAACUGUGUCUUAAGUGUUUCUUGUAAUUUAAAUAUUUAACUCUAUCUUUUUAAAUCAAAAAGGAAUGCAAGAAAGAAGUUAAGUUAGAAGACUUGGAGUAGACAAAAGUGGACGUUAACAAAAACCAAAACUAUACAAAAGGAGUGAGGCAGCUUGUUCUUUUUGAACAACAACGAGUGUUUGUGGUGUUGUAUAGUAUGCAUUUCAUGAUUAACACAUUUUUUCUUUCAUUAAUUUAAAUGUUUCUGCUACUGAUGACAUAUAUGUGGUUCUUUUUUGUUUUUGUUUUUUUGUUUGUUUGUAUUUUUUUAUUUGUUUUUUUUUAUUCUCUAAAGUCAAAUAGAACUUAACACAUGGUUGUAUUAAAUAGUAACUGGAUGUCAUUCUCGAAAUGUCAACUGGAAUAAAGACCUGACUGCUUAAUGUAUUAACCGCCGGCAGGUGCACCCCAAUCAUUUGCAGGAAUCCAUCUUGUACUUAAAGAAUUAAUGCCUUUACUUGGACACAACUACUGAACUGUGAACUGUAGCAGUUUUUAAAGCAAUAAUAAAAAGAUAUGGUUGUGCAAUAACGCACAGAAUAUUUCCUAAUCGAUGUAGACAUUACAUUGUAUUUCUUUCAUCAUGAUUAGUUUAAGAAUAGCUGUAAAUAAUCUUUGAAAACGACGUUCCAUCAAUAACAUUUGCAGACUUCCCAUUUUUAUGACAUUCUCGUAAUAAAAUGAAUGAUUGUACAAAAAAGGGUUUAUCUGUAUAGAAAACAUAUCAAACCCCUGUCACACCGGAGCUGCAUCUUCAUGGCGAUACCGCUGCAUCCUUAAAUAAUGUAGAUCACCGAAGUACACGCAGUAGAGUCUCCUUCAGCGCCUUAAAAAAGCAACGGCAUCUUCAUUUGCACCAUGAG